AUGGCGUUUGUUUCCAAUGCAAUACCUUAGGCCGAUAUUUUACUUCAAAUAAAGAACAUGGUGAAACUAAUUCACACGUUAGCAGACCAUGAUGAUGAUGUCAACUGCUGUGCCUUCUCUUCUUCCCUCUUGGCCACUUGCUCCUUGGACAAAACAAUUCGCCUGUACUCCCUGAGUGACUUUAGUGAAUUGCCACACUCUCCAUUGAAGUUUCACACCUAUGCUGUCCACUGCUGCUGUUUCUCCGCUUCAGGACAUAUUUUGGCUUCAUGUUCAACAGAUGGUACCACUGUCUUAUGGGAUACUCAAAACGGACAGACUUUGGCAGUGAUGGAACAGCCCAGUGGUAGCCCUGUGAGGGUUUGCCGGUUUUCCCCAGGCUCCACUUGUUUGGUAUCAGGGGCAGCUGAUGGAACUGUUGUUUUGUGGAAUGCACAGUCAUACAAGUUAUAUAGAUGUGCUAGUGUUGAGGAUGGCUCCUUGGUGGCCUGUGCAUUUUCUCCUAAUGGAAACUUCUUUGUCACUGGCUCCUCGUGUGGAGAUUUAACAGUGUGGGAUGAUAAGAUGAGGUGUCUGCAUAGUGAAAAAGCACAUGAUCUUGGAAUUACCUGCUGCGAUUUUUCUUCACAGCCAGUUUCUGGUGGAGAACAAGGUCUUCAGUUCUUUCGACUGGCAUCAUGUGGUCAGGAUUGCCAGAUUAAAAUUUGGGUUAUUUCUUUUACCCAUACCUUAGGUUUUGAAUUAAAAUAUAAAAGUAUACUGAGUGGGCACUGUGCUCCUGUUCUGACUUGUGCUUUUUCUCACGAUGGGCAGAUGUUAGUUUCAGGAUCAGUGGAUAAAUCUGUCAUAGUGUAUGAUACUAAUACUGAGGAUAUACUUCACACCUUGACUCAGCACACCAGGUAUGUCACAACUUGUGCCUUUGCACCCAAUAUCCUUUUACUUGCUACUGGUUCAAUGGACAAAACAGUGAAUAUCUGGCAGUUUGACCUGGAAACACCUUGCCAAGCAAGGACCGCAGAAGAUCACCCAAAGCAAUUUACUGAAGAUUGGUCAGAGGACGAUGUCUCAAACUGGCUUUGCGCACAAGGUUUAAAAGACCUUGUUGGUAUUUUCAAAAUGAAUAACAUUGAUGGCCGAGAACUGUUGAAUCUUACAAAAGAAAGUCUAGCUGAUGAUUUGAAAAUUGAAUCUCUAGGGCUGCGUAGUAAAGUUCUGCGGAAAAUUGAAGAGCUCAGGACAAAGAUGAAAACCCUUUCCUCUGAAAUUCCUGAUGAAUUUAUAUGUCCAAUAACUAGGGAGCUUAUGAAAGAUCCUGUCAUCGCAUCAGAUGGCUAUUCAUACGAAAAGGAAGCAAUGGAAAAUUGGAUCAGCAAAAAGAAACGUACAAGUCCCAUGACAAAUCUUGUUCUUCCUUCAGUGGUACUUAUACCAAAUAGGACUCUGAAAAUGGCCAUUGAUCGAUGGCUGGAGACACAUCAAAAAUAA